GUUUGGUACACGGUCAGUUCGGUAUUAGCUGAUCUUCUAAUUUUCUACUCGCUUUACUCAGUUUAAAUACGAUACGAUCAGUCUUUAUAUAAUUGGGUGUGGAACGAUGAAAUUGUGCUUGAUACUUGCGGUUUGUGUCCUGGCGACACUGACGCCACCCACACAAGCUCUCUUGGGCGCCAAGUUGGCCCUCUUGGGUUUGGGUAGAAAUCUAAUUAGCGGCGGUGAUGGUGGUAAUGGUGGCGGCUAUGGCAGCGGCAACUAUAACGGUGGCUACUACGCACAGCAGAAUCGUCCCGUCUACAAUGGCGGUUACGGUGGCGGCUAUGGCGGCGGUUAUGGCUACGGACGUCAGUCAUACGCCGGCAACUACAAUUAUGGUGGCUACAGCAACCGCGGCAGUUACGGCGGUAGCAACGGUGGUGAGCAAGUGGUGCGUAUUAUCAAAGUGAUUGUGCCUAAUGAGAACGUCGUCAGUACGUCGAACCAAGCCAGCGGUUACACAAGUGGUGGUUACUCAAAUGGUGGAUACUCAAGUGGUGGAUACUCUAGUGGUGGAUACUCAAGUGGUGGAUACUCAAGUGGUGGAUAUUCUAGUGGCGGAUACUCAAGUGGUGGCGCCUCAAGCGAUGGUUACUCAACAGGUGGUUGGAUCCCAAUACCAGCGCCAACACGUUCAGUAGUACAAGCCGCGCCAGCACCAGUGCCCGUCCAAACUACAUAUUACUCAGCGCCUGCACCACAACCUAUCGUACAAGUGGCUCCAGCUCCAGUUCCAGCACCGGCACCGGCACCGGCACCGGCACCUCAGCCCAUCCAGUAUGCGACAAACAUUGCCCAAACUUAUGAGUACAGACAAUCUGCACCACAGCCCGCUCCAAUUCAAGUACAAGCCCCGCCAGCUCCCGUGGCCGUGCCCGUACAAGUACCGGUACAACCCACAUACAUUUCAGCACCUGCACCACGUCCUGUCGUUCGCGUAGUACCGGCACCACAACCCGUACCAGUCUAUCAACCACCCUCAGUUGUACUGCAACCGCCUGCACCACAACCCAUUUCACUACCCGCUCAAACAUCGGAUAUCGUGAAAACCAUCAAGAUCAUAGUCGAUGAGGAUAAUAACGCGCAGCAAGGUGACUACCAUGGUGUUCCAGCUCAAAGCUAUGGUCCACCACCACCACCACCGCCACAGCCCCUUCCACAGCCAGCAUCGCAGGCCGGUUGGAGCAGCAGCAGUUCGUCGGGUGGUUGGAAUAAUGGCUACAAGAGCGGUGGCAUCUGGGAGAAGAUUGGUUGUUAGUCAAUUGGAAACUAUAACUUUUUAGUCAAAACCGUUAACAAUUUUAUUUUAUAUACCUUAGUCUUAUGUACUCAAUCUGUCUGUGUCAUACCAAACUGCCGUGUUCUUGCAGAUUGCUUGCUUACGAAAAAAGUUCGAUAUUCUUUAUGAAACUGCUUUGAAUAAA